UAUUUGCUCGAAGGACGGUCCAGGAUCCGAUGCAUUCCUGGCGCAAGCAUAGCCAACCGUUUCAGUGUUCAGUGCGCUGUAAAUAGCUGCCGGCAGGAUACCCGUUACCCGUUUGCUUCCCACUUUCUAUAUAUAUUGGUUGUGUGAAACUGCAGCACAACAAAAGCUCACACUGGAGUUCACUUGAAGUAUCAUUGGAUGACCGCUUUGUUGGCGACGAGUGUGUGUAAAAGUGGAAAAUAAUGAAUAAUAUAGUAUAAGUGGUUGGAAAUUACUUUGUUCUCAUAAGUGUAUGCACUCAAAUCGAAGUUAAUAUUGAAUAAGGUACGAGCGUGAAAAAAUCGAAAGGGAAGGAUUUGAAAAAAUCAAAACGUGCACUAUAGUGAACAUCGGAGCAACAGGUGAAUAAUUCAAUAAAUGACUCUAACGAACAUUCGCCCCCUGGCGAAAAUUGAGAUAAUAUAAUAAUAUGCAUUCAAUGCAUAGUUAAAUGACUUAACAGCAUCCGUGUCGGUUUCCUAGUGACACUACGUACAUUUGGAAAGCAUCCAAGCUCAAACGGAUCAAACGGAAGCUGUUGUUUCUAGCUCCCGAUACCUUCCCAUCCACAUACCUCUCCGCUCUCGUAUGAUAAUUAUUGAACAUUCCGUUAGUAUCAAUUUUCCAUUCCUGAACCGGUAGUUGGUGGUACGAAAAGUGUGUCGAUAAGGUUGUAGCAAAUUUUCCACCACCCACACCAAAAUUUCCAUCCAGGAGAAGAAAACCAAAAUCAAGAUAGUGCUCGGGGAGGUUAAGUGUACAUUACAUAGAGAAGAGCUGUUUCUACGGGAUUACGGAAGAUAAAGACGACGACAACGACGAAGAAGCUGUUCGCGACACAGAGACGACGCCUGUUACGAGGUGCAUUUCCGCAGCAUUGAACAAACGAUGACGUGCAGUCAUCCUUCCUGGUAAUCCGUUUGAUGGCAACCGAAGAACCGUAUCUCCUGUGACGCAAACUAACUACGACAAACUAUUCCCUCACAUAGUUAGAGUCAUAGAUCCCAAUCUGCCACGUUCUGCCACCACCAUGAGCGGCGCGCCCUUUACGGUCCAGUAUUCGGACUAUUUCAACAAAUCCUGGCGGAACGAGUCGGGACUGGUGUUGUCUGCAAAUGGAAGUUCACCGCCUUCGCUCGCUCCGGGCUACUUGUACAACGAGACAUAUGAAAUCUAUGCACCCAGCUAUCCGUACGUGUCUUCGACGGAGGAACAGAACUACAUCGACCAUCUUACGGAGUGGAUGAAGAAUGGGUCGAAUCACACCUACUACGGAGAAUGCUCCAACACCGGCUAUCUGCCGAGUUUGUACUUUGAAAUCACCAGCUACUUCCUGUACGUGCUGAUUUUCGUGACGGCCGUGAUCGGAAACUCGAUAGUGCUGUUCAUUGUGCAGUCGAAUCCACGGAUGCGUACCGUCACGAAUUACUUCAUCACCAAUUUGGCCGUCGGAGACCUGAUGAUGACGUUGUUCUGCGUGCCGUUUACGUUCAUAUCGAUGUUUGUGCUGCAGUAUUGGCCCUUUGGGCUGGGGAUGUGCCGUCUGGUGAAUUACACCCAAGCCGUAUCGGUGCUGGUUAGUGCUUAUACGCUGGUGGCGAUCAGUGGGGAUCGGUAUAUAGCUAUUAUGUGGCCACUGAAGCCGAGGAUAACGAAGACCUGCUCCAAGGUGCUGAUAGGAGUUGUGUGGGUCAUAGCGCUCAUUACGGCAGCUCCAAUUGCUAUCUUCUCAACGCUUGACAUGCCGUCAAAGUGGCAUGCCGUAUGUGAUCUCCCAAUCUGCAAGGAAAUUUGGCCCUCGAAGGAACAGGAGAGCUACUACACGACGACGCUUCUGAUGACGCAGUUCGUGAUACCGCUCCUGGUGCUGAUCUACACCUACACCCGCAUCGCGAUAGUGGUCUGGGGCAAAAGGCCCCCCGGCGAGGCGGAAAAUUCCCGAGACCAGCGGAUGGCCAAGUCGAAACGAAAGAUGAUCAAAAUGAUGGUAACGGUCGUCAUAGUGUUCACCAUCUGCUGGCUACCUUUCAACUUUCUGAUGAUCGUCAACGUGGACGACAGCUGGGACCUGCUGCCGUACGUGUGGUCCGCCUUCCACUGGCUAGCCAUGUCGCACAGCUGCUACAAUCCGAUCAUCUACUGCUACAUGAACGCCCGCUUCCGGUCCGGAUUCAUCCUGGUGCUGCACGGCGUCCCGGGACUGCAGCAACUGUGCUGCUGCAUCCGGCACAAGCAAAGCCAACUGGCACGUAAUGUUGGUUCCAGCGUGGCCCUCGCCGGAAUCGAUGAAGUAUCGCAUCUGCAUCGAGUUAACACAUGCACCACAUACAUAAGCACCCGGCGGAAGACCAAUCUUAACUUGCACCAACAGGUUCAAUCGACGGAAACGUCCCUGCUACGGUGAUACAACAACCACGGCCAAAGCUACUGAGUACCGGCCACCGUAGUCGUCGGGGAAGCCGACCGCAAAGUUGAACGACCGUUGCUGUUGUUGAACGGAAGCCGGCAGCAGCGAGAAUCGAGACCAACAUCAACUGCGGCAUCGGUGACCAUUGCGACGACGGCUUUCGAGGAUGGAGGCGACUGCAGCUCGAAGGAACGACCGCCGAAUCCGCGUUGAGGGACGGUCGCAUUCGUUGAACAGAUUGUUCCGCUUAAAGACACGUGGAGCAGCAUCACGUCCAGAAUCGACGCACGGUUUGUCAGAUACCGUAUAUGUGAAUAAGAGAAACGUAAUUGUAUAGACAGAUAACGAUAGGAGAAAUGUGAAAAAAAUCCACCACCUGAGAGGAAACACGGCAAA